AUGACCAGCAUUACCCCUCGAACGCUAGUCUCUCUCUUGCUUGCGGGCCUGAUGGUGCAGACAGCCACCGCCGCUCCCAAGGGAAACACGGGCGCAAACACCAAAACCGAGAACGAUGGCUGGACUUAUGUGGAAGUCGGAGCCAGGAACACUGAGAACUGGAGGAUCUGGUUGGAAAAGGACGGCUGUCCCGCAUCAUUCUGGCACGACGUCCCUCUCUAUCCCGACGAAUCGAACAAGCAGAUCAUCAACUUUAUCGUCGAGAUCCCCAGGUUGACGAACGGAAAGAUCGAGACGUCCCGGGACGAGCCUUUCAACCCCAUCUUCCACGACACCCGAAAAGGCGCCCCUCGAUUCGUAGAGAACGUCUGGCCUCACGUAUCCUACCCCUUCUUGUACGGCUCGGUCCCGCAAACAUGGGAGAGCCCAAACUUCGAACAUCCGUUCACCGGAUUCGAAGGGGAUAACGAUCCGAUCGACCUCUUCGAUAUCGGCCAGGAUCCUGGCUUCGUCGGACAGAUCAAGCAGGUCAAGGUUCUCGGCGGCCUCGCUCUGAACGAUGGAAACGAGACCGACUGGAAGUUGAUCGGUAUUGAUAUCAAGGAUCCCUUGGCACCUCUUUUGAACACUUACCAGGAUGUCGAAAAGUACCGUCCAGGAGUCAUCCAGGCUUAUCGAGACUGGUUUACCUACUACAAACUGGCUCGUGGCGACGAAGGUCUCAUUCCGAUCGUCGGCGAAUGGUACCAAGACGUCCCCUUCAUCCAAGACGUCCUUGAGCGUGGCCACGGAUACUGGCACGACCUGAUCGAAGGCAAGGUCGAUGCGAACGAGAUCAACUAUAACCAGACCACCACGAUGUCCGCUGAGAAGAGCCUGGUCAACGCCUGCGACAACAACAAGAGAAAGGCGUUUGGGGUACCUAAGAAGUCCAAGGUGGAGAUUGCCGCCAAGGUACCGGAGAGGUAUUCGCAGUGGUUCUUUGUUGAGGAUGGCCAGAUCAUACCCAACAAUGGGACGGACGUCUAG